UUCUAAACCUAAAUAUAACCCUUCCACUUUCUCAUCUCCUACAGCCGUUCUCUUCUCUAACUCAAACCUAAACCAAAAUUUUCUUCUCUUCAUCACUGUCAAUCUCUGUCGCCGUUCCACCGACCACCGACCACCGACCACCGACUAUCUCUUCAGUCGACGGUAGACUCCACUCGCUGCCCUCGCCGACCAGUCCAGAACUUCAGUCGAGGUCUACUCUACUCCCUGCCCUCGCCGACCUGAGACAAAGGGUUAUCAUUUGAAAGCAGGGCUUGUUAUUGAAGGAAAUGGUGGCUUCGGUAAAGCAGUUUCGGGUGGAACUUACGGUAUCAGAUUUGGAUUCUCUCACUAUUCCUGCCAAAAUAUCCGGUGAGUUUCGUGGAAGCAUGGUCGGCAAAUUCAGACCAGUCUACCUGUAUGACGGAGAACAAAUGAGUGAAAUGGUUUUAAGGCCUAGGGAGGAUUCCAUUGCUAACAGUUUUAAUGCAACGUUUUUCUUUUGGAAGACGACUUGGGGGCCGUUCGCUAGGGAACAUAAUCUAGAGAGGGGCUGUACUCUUAAGUUUGAACGGAUGGACGAGCUGCCUACUCAUCUUCCCGGGAGACUAGAUAGGCUACUGUUGGACAACAAUUGGGUGUACAGGGUGAAGGCCUACCGCAAUGGGGUAGAGUUGCUCAAUUUUCCGUAAGGACAAGCUCGAAUCUCUUAUGCGGAGAUUGUAUGUCAAAAAUUUUCCUCAGAGGUAGAAAAUGAAGGCGUGGAGACAUUGUUUAGUCAUUAUGGAAUCGUUGGUAUUCAUAUUUUCAAGAGGACUGUGGAUGCGAUAGCAACAGUGGAGUUCUCCACCUUCGAGGGGGCUCACGAAGCUUUUCUUCGCGUAAAUCAUACAGUAUGUACUAUUCACUUUCUAGCUACAUACAAUUACAACAAAUAAAGUAAAAAGAAAAAUAAAUAAAGUAAGAUGUGUAUAAAAAAAAUUACAACACUUACUAAUAUGUUUAACUUUGAUUUUUUUUUUUAUAACGAAUUCCAACUAUCUCAAUAACACGAUACCACAUAAGCUUCUAAGAAUAUUUAUAUAAUAAAUUAUUAUUAUUAUUAUAAGUUUUUAUUAUUAUUGGAUAAGUUUUAUAUAAUAAUAAGUUUUUAUUAUAUUUUGGCUAAAAUAUUAUAUUUUUGAUGUUUUGCUAAGCUGUAAGUUGAAAGGAAAGAAAUAAACAAACCACAAUUGCACUUGCAACACAGAGAUGAACAGUGGCAUGUAAGUGUAUCGGUGGGAUCGGUGUUAUUGAGAUAGUUGAAAUUUGUUAUAAAAAAAAAAUCAAAGUUAUAACAUAUUAGUAAGUGUUGUAAUUUUUUUAUACACAUCUUACUUUAUUUAUUUUUCUUUUUACUUUAUUUGUUGUAAUUGUAUGUAGCUAGAAAGUGAAUAGUACAUCCUAUAUGAUUUACGCGAAGAAAAGCUUCGUGAGCCCCCUCGAAGGUGGAGAACUCUACUGUUGCUAUCGCAUCCACAGUCCUCUUGAAAAUAUGAAUACCAACGAUUCCAUACUGACUAAACAAUGUCUCCACGCUUUCAUUUUCUACCUCCUGAGGAAGAUUUUCGACAUCCAAUCUCCGCGUAAGAGAUUCGAGCUUGUCCUUACUCUGUAAAAGAGAAGUGAAUAAACUUAGUAAAACAAAAAAUAAAAACAAACAAAGAUUCUCUCUAAAGUAUACAUAAUUACCAGAAAAUUAGGCAACUCUACCCCAUUGCGGUAGGCCUUCACCCUGUACACCCAAUUGUUGUCCAACAGUAGCCUAUCUAGUCUCUAUAUCAUAAUUUAAAAUGAUUAACUAAGAUUCAAAUUUCGAAAUAUAUUAAAAACAAACAAGAAAACUUACUCCGGGAAGAUGAGUAGGCAGCUCGUCCCUCCGUUCAAACUUAAGAGUACAACCCCUCUCUAGAUUAUGUUCCCUGGCGAACGGCCCCAGGCCGUCUUCCAAAAGAAAAACGUUGCAUUAAAACUGUUAGCAAUGGAAUCCUCCCUAAGCCUUAAAAUCAUUUCACUCAUUUGUUCUCCGUUAUACAGGUAGACUGGUUUGAAUUUGCCGACCAUGCUUCCACGAAACUCACCGGAUAUUUUGGCAGGAAUAGUGAGAGAAUCCAAAUCUGAUACCGUGUCACCUGGAACUGUUUUACCAGAGCCACCAUUUCCUAAAAAACCAUAAACAAACAAUAUACAAUUAGCCCACCAAAGAAAAUAAAUAGUUGAUUUAUGGGUAAUUCUACUUUCUAAGCAAAUAAAUGGAGGUAGAUGCAACUUUCUAAAAUGUUCACGAGAUAUUUUUCACAGUUCUUAUAGUAAUAAAUCUCUAUGUGUAUAUUCAAACAGCCUAAUAAAUCACAUAAAUUAGAAAACUAGAAUUGCUUCAUACAUGCCA